AAUUCGAUAUAGUCGCGGCUCAUCCAAUUAUGCGGCUGUGAGCCUUCGCGCGGUUCGUUCCGACACAAGACGCACGCGCCCCGCGCGGCGCGGCGCUUUCGCGGCACUAUUGUUGUUUUACGCGAAACAUUAAUUACGAGCUUCGUCGAAGCACAUGUCCGGGUGUUUGGGUAGAUAGCUGGUGUUGACUGAACGCCAUGGAGUACGGGUACUUGAGCGGCGCGGGCGGCGGGUUCGACGGAGGAUGUCUGGGCUCCGGCGGCGGCGAGCUGUCCUGGGGCGAGCUCGCCUCGUGCGGCCAGAUGUCACAGGCUGCCUACCGGUACCAGGGCAUGCGCUACCAGCCUCCACCACCACAGUGUGCACGACCACAAGAUGCUGCCAUGAGGAACCACCAUAUAUUUCCUCCAUCCAUGAAUUUACAACCCGGCCUCCCUUACAAAGUGUACGGUGGACACGAAGGCUCGUUGACGGAGAAGAGAAAACAACGGAGAAUCAGAACGACAUUCACAUCAGCUCAGCUGAAGGAGCUGGAGCGAGCCUUCCAGGAAACACACUAUCCUGACAUCUACACCAGAGAGGAGAUUGCUAUGAAGAUAGACCUCACUGAAGCGAGGGUACAGGUGUGGUUCCAAAACCGGCGAGCAAAGUUUCGCAAGCAGGAGCGCUUAGCUCAACAGAAGGCGGGGGAGGCACCUGUGAAGGCGGAGGGCAAGAGAGACAAGCCGACGUCGCCCGCAGCAUCGCCCCACCCGCCGGCAGCGCCCGCGCCGCAACCCGCACACCACGCAUUACCGCAUCUAUCACCACCUGACCUCAAGCCCAUCACGUCAGCAGGUAGAUAUCCAAACAAAUUGUGCGAGGAGCUGAACGGCGUGGGGGGCGACGUAGGCUUGCCGCCCGUGAGUGGCAGCGGCGGUGGCAAGUGGACCGGCGGCUGCGGGCUGCUGCGUCAGCCCUCGGGCUUCCCACUCCUCGGUGUCGCGCCACCCAAUUACCUACUGUCGGACCACCUCGGAACCCUCGCCAAAUCGAACAACCAUCUUUUCUAAUGGGCGUAACAUCGUCGCCCUGAGUCACCGUCCGUGGCGCGUCGACGAGUCCACGGGGAGCGAGCCGCUGUUUCGCCCGCACCGCGACCAACCCGCUCUCUGCACCCACAACACUUGCAUUUCAUUAACAUUCCUCGUUACAUUGUGCCAAGUGAAGACUUUACAAAGUGAUAUCUAAAAGACGAGAUUUUGAUCGUGUGUAAAACAUUCAAGUGCCAAUUCGUGUCCAUUAAAGUAUGUAUUGUCGCAAUAAUGACAAACGGUCUAAAUCAAUUUUUAGAUGUAUUUAUUGUAACAAAGCAGUUGAUCGUACUACAAGUUGCCUGUUAUAUGUACACGGGUGUUUAGUUUUAGAUAGUUUACGGUAAUGAAGAUUUUGUGUGAUACGAUUGUAAAUAACAUUCCGAUUGUAUACGUUUAAUAAAGGUAUACUGGUUCAGUGAACUAUUGAAGUAAACGAAUAUUAUGUCAUUUUAAAUGUUGUCCUAUGAAGUUAUGGUGUAUUUUAUUCGUCGAUACCUAAAUGAAAUAAUGAAAUGUAAUUAGUACUUAAUUCAAUCGCAGUUUGAAAUAUUUCCACGAACUGUUACGAGAUUGUGUCUUUGUAUUUAUUCUAGUCAGAAUGAAAUUAGUUUAUUUUAAAGCAGAUAAAUGAUUAUUUAUUGAUUAAGAGUAUAGGUAAUUAGUUCUAUAUAUUAGCCAACAACCUGGUGUUGGCUGUGAGCGAUGUAAAUAUGUAACAAAUUAUUUGUAAAUACUAGAUAUAAUAGUGGUGUACCCGAGUGUAUGUAAUUAUUGAUGAAUUUGUGGAGGGUGUUUUAAUAA